CGAAAAGCAGAAACGCUUCUUCUCUUCUCCUCCCUCUCCAAACUCCAAAGCCCAGCUCUUUCUUCUUAGCUACUCCAUAUUCCAGAGCAUAAGAAAAAAAUGCAAGAAUUUCAAAUUCGAUUAGCUUCUUAAGGACAUAAACGACCGAAAAACCUAUAAAUCCUCUUGAUUGGCUGCUCGCAAUUUGGAGUCUCUCCGAGUGGCUGGUGUGGGAUAUAAUAACUUGAUCAUGGUUGCCACUGCUGCUACUGCUGCGUUUUUCCCGGGCACUCAAGUGCCCCUUGAAUCUGGAGUCAAGACAUGUAGAAAGUUUGGAGCAACUGUGUCUUCAAACAAAGUUUCUGAAGGCAUUAAGUUAAGAUCUUGUAGCUCUGGAAACGUGCAAGUCGGGGCCAACGCAAAAGUUCCUAGUAAGGUCAAUGGAGCAGUUGUAGGUGUGAUGGAUGGCGUCAAUAAUGAUGAUGAUGAGUUGGCGUCAUCAUCACCCUCAAAGACAUUUAUCAAUCAGCUGCCAGAUUGGAGCAUGCUCCUUGCUGCCAUAACAACUAUUUUUUUGGCUGCUGAGAGGCAGUGGAUGAUGUUAGAUUGGAAGCCGAAGCGCCCUGACUAUCUUAUCGAUCCAUUUGGCUUGGGGAGAAUCAUGGAAGGUGGCAUUUUUCGUCAAACUUUCAGUAUCAGGUCUUAUGAAAUAGGCGCUGAUAAGACUGCAUCAAUAGAAGCAAUGAUGAAUCAUUUACAGGAAACGGCCCUGAACCAUGUGAAGACGGCGGGAAUCAUGAGUGAAGGGUUUGGCACAACUCAAGCAAUGUGCAAGAAAAAACUGAUUUGGGUAGUCAGUAAAAUGCAGGUUCUCAUGGAUCGCUAUCCUGUUUGGGGUGAUCUUGUUCAAGUAGAUACUUGGGUUUGUGCAGCAGGGAAACAUGGUAUGCGACGUGAUUGGGUUUUCAGUGAUUCUCAUAAUGGAGAAACUUUAAUGAGAGCUACCAGCGUGUGGGUUAUGAUGAGCCAAGAGACAAGGAGGUUAGCAAAAAUGCCCGAUGAAGUUCGAGCUGAAAUUGAAAGGCAUUUUGUGGAUAGGGAACCAAUAAUUGACGAUGAUAAACGGAAAUUGCCAAAGCUUAACAAAGAGACAGCAGACUGCAUUCUUGCUGGACUAACCCCAAAGUGGAGUGAUUUGGAUGUGAACCAGCAUGUAAAUAAUGUGAAGUAUGUUGGCUGGAUGCUGGAGAGUGUCCCAUUGUCAAUACUGGAGAACAAUGAGCUGGUUGCCAUGACUUUGGAGUACAGGAGGGAGUGCGGGAGGGACAGUGUCCUAGAAUCUAUGACCUCUGUUUUGGGAAAUAUCUCCGACUCCGUGGAAUGCCAACAUUUGCUUCGCCUUGACAGUGGUGAAGAAAUCGUUAAAGGACGAACCAUGUGGACUCCAAAACUUGCAAAGAAGAUUGGGACCGUGGACCAGCUCGAAGGGCAAAGUCACUAGCUCAGUGCUUCCCUGCCCCUUCAUUUAUGGGUCAUGAUUCCCCUCUGUUCUGUUCUUCUCAUAGGGUACCCCCCCUAUGUAUCAGCGUCUUUCAUCCUUGUGUUGUAUCUUGCAAUAUAUGGGCGUUUGUAUGUAUAGUGAUAUAGACUUUGUGUUUCAUUUAUUAUUUCAUUAAUAUUGUCCUAUAGGGCAUUAGCCCUCCAAAUAAUUCAGCUGUGUACCCCUAUUAAUGGUGUUGAAAUAUAAAGUGUUAGUUAAA